AUGCUGUUCAAACUUCUCACAACCAGCUCCCUCCUCCUCGCCGUCUCCGCCCAAAUACCAAGCGGCAUCCCAGGCAUCCCCGGCAGCCCCUCCCUUGACGGAGUUCCCCAGUCUAUCCCCACCAUCUCCGAUGUUAUUCCCUCCGGCGCCAUGCCCUCCAACACCAUCCCCCCUUCCCUCUCGUCUAACCUACCAACCACACAUGGCAGCGACACCUCCACCGUAAAGGCAUCUUCGGCCAGCGAGAGCAUGAGUUCCCACAUGACGACGCCCGCUGUACCGGAAACUACUGGUACAGGUAACAAUGGGACCCAGACUACGCCGGAGAAUAAAACCACAAAGACUAGCGGCGGUGGCCAUGGUAGUGGUGGUGGUGGUGGUGGUGGACAGGUUACUGGCACAGUGAAGACGGCGCACCCUAGUGGGACGGGCGCGGCGCAGACUGGGGAGGGCAGUUUUGCUAGAGGUUCAGUCUCUACCACUAUGGCUUCUCUGCUCCUCGCCGGAGCACUAAGCUUCUUCGUCUUUGCUUAA